UAUAACUUUCUGAAACGAAUUGGCGCCGCCAAAUUGUGUUACUGUAUUAUGUUUCACACCUUUAGUCGCGUUUGCUGCAACGUCUAACAGCGAAUUCAAGAAGCCAAAAUGGCUGGAUUCGUUGAUGCCCUGCUAACCCACAAAACCGACCAAUCCAGUUGAGAAGAAGAAGAUGAAACUGCUCUCGUCGUUGCGCAGAAACAUUUCAUGCAUCGCUAUAAAGCCUGCCAUUAUCAGACCUCUCCUCCAAUAUAGAACAACUCUGGCUUCCUCGCCAAACCAUCAACACUUUCUAGAAUUGCCAGAAAUUGACCAAACUGUAGCUUCAAUUCGAUCCAUUUCUUCGAACCCAUUCUUUUCUCUUCUGGAUCUCUGCAGAACCAUCUCCUCUCUCAAGAAAAUCCAUGCUUUGCUUGUCGUUCACGGCUUAACCGACGAGAUUCUCUUCCAGACCAAAUUGGUCAGUUUGUAUGGGCAGUUCGGGCAAGCUGGAGCUGCUCGCUUGGUGUUUGAUAGAAUACCAAACCCGGAUAUCUAUUCGUAUAAAGUGAUGAUCAGAUGGUAUUUUUUGAACGACUUGUACUCGGACGUUAUUCAGUUCUACACUUGUUUGAGGAAAUGCCUAAGAGAAAUAGAUAACAUUGUUUUCUCCAUUGUGUUGAAGGCGUGCAGUGAAUUAAGUUAUCUAGACGAAGGAAGAAAAGUCCACUGUGAGAUUCUUAAGGUGGGUAAUCCGGAUAGUUUUGUGUUGACGGGUCUUGUUGAUAUGUACGCCAAGUGUGGUGAGGUUGACUGUUCCCGCGAAGUGUUUGAUGAAACUACUGACAAAAACGUAGUUUCUUGGACUUCGAUGAUUGCUGGGUAUGUGCAGAACAAUUGUACAGAGGAGGGUUUGAUUUUGUUUAAUCAAAUGCGAGAUGGGUUGGUUGAAGGUAACCAAUACACUUUUGGGAGUAUAGUCACAGCAUGCUCAAAGUUAGGAGCAUUACAUCAGGGGAAGUGGGUUCAUGGUUAUAUGAUCAAGAAGGGUAUUGAUUUAAGUUCUCUAUUGAUCACUGCUCUUGUAGACAUGUAUGUCAAGUGUGGAGCCAUAAGAGAUGCGUGUUCUGUGUUCAACGAGCUCGACACCAUUGAUCUUGUCCCGUGGACAGCUAUGAUUGUUGGGUUCACUCAGAACGGCUUUCCAAACGAGGCUUUGAAGUUGUUUACAGACGAGAGAUGGGCUGGUGUUUUGCCUAAUGCUGUUACGGCUGCAAGUGUACUAUCUGCGUGUGCACAGUCGGGCAACUUGAAGAUGGGUAAAUCAAUUCAUAGUCUUGGAAUUAAGCUAGGCAUUGAAGAUGCUACAGUGACAAAUGCUCUUGUAGACAUGUAUGCAAAAUGCCAUACAAUUGAAGAUGCACAUUAUUUGUUUGAGACAGUUUCAGACAAGAACUUAGUUGCUUGGAACUCAAUCAUAUCCGGCUAUUCCCAAAAUGGUUCUGCUUAUGAAGCACUGAAAUUAUUCUCUCAAAUGAGAUCAGCACAUUUGGAGCCAGAUGCAAUCACAGUGGUAACCAUACUCUCAGCUUGUGCGUCCCUCGGUUCUCUGCCACUCGGCUCUUCGCUUCAUGCUUACUCUUUAAAAGGCGGCCUAUUAUCAUCUAGUGUCUACAUUGGCACUGCACUGAUCAAUUUUUACGCAAAAUGUGGUGACACACAGUCUGCUCGUUCAGUUUUCGAUGGGAUGGGGGAGAAGAACAGAAUAACAUGGGCUGCAAUGAUCAGUGGUUACGGGAUGCAAGGGGAUUGUAGCGGUUCCAUUGCAAUUUUCAACGAUAUGUUGAAGGAGAAGUUGGAGCCAAAUGAUGUAAUCUUGACGAGUAUUUUAUCUGCUUGUAGUCACAGAGGUAUGGUAGGGGAAGGAUUGAUGUAUUUCAAUUCAAUGUGCCGGCAAUACAAUUUUGUCCCUUCCAGGAAACAUUAUGUAUGCAUGGUUGAUCUAUUGGCUCGCGCAGGCAGGCUUGAGGAAGCCUGGCAUUUUAUUGAUAGUGUGCCAAUAGAGCCGGAUGUGAGUUUAUUUGGAGCUUUCCUCAAUGGAUGCAACAUCUAUUCAAGGUUCGACCUUGGGGAGGUGGCGGCUACGAGGAUGAUAGAGUUGCACCCUAAUGAAGCUUGUUACUAUGUGCUUUUGUCUAACUUCUAUAUAUCAUGUGGAAGAUGGAAUGAGGCUAGUUGGGUAUGGGAGUUGAUGAAGAAAAGAGGGCUGAGCAAGGACCCUGGAUUUAGCCAAGUAGAGAUUGACAUCGGUACCGAUUCUUCUCCCCCAAUAGUGGCAGCUAUUGCUUAAUUUAUUCGCUUCAUCAGGUAUGUUCGCAUCUAGAGGACCAACUAGGAACAUCAUGAGAGGAUCCAAGUCGUUUAGUUUUUCUCUUCAUGGGGUGUGAUCGACAGGCUUUCCUAGUAAAUACCCAUACAAUUAUCUGGUCAAUUCUUGUAGCACUGCCAUUUUGCUGUGGGAGAGGCAGAGAGCUGUCCUCUUGAAUUUGCCUGUAUUGAUGGUUUUCUCAGCAAUAUUCAUCUGAUUACCCAGUCAGUUCCUGUACCAACUCCUACUACACUUGAUUGAGAAAGAGUUUCUGUUGAUCUUGCUUAGUCAGUGACUGUAAUGGUGCUUUAUAAUACAUAAAUUACAGAAACAGUGAAAAAUUCCAUGCUCAGAAACAAGUUGGGGGAGAAUAUAAUAUUGCUGUACAGCAGAUUGGGGGUUGAAUUAUGAACAAUAAGAUCCUUCGCAGCAGUAUCAACACUGUAUCUUUCUCAAGGUGACACGAAUUUCUCAUGCAUGUCCAAAUCAGUGACUACAGAAAGACUGCUAUGUUCUAGGAUGAAAAGCUGCAGCCAUGACACUCAUAAAGAAGUUGGAUGAAAGCUCAUGAUGCAAAACUGCUUGAACAGAUGUGAGUGACUAAUGAUGAACAAGGGGCGGGCUAUUUUUGUGUUAUCUCCUGUAUGAUUUUGGCCCUAGCAAGGAUCUACCCUUUGUGGUUUUGUAAUGUUUGCAGCGGAUAUAAGAAAUAUCAGUUGCAGAGGCUUGUAACAAAAUCCAAAUUCAGUAUAUAUAAAUUAUUUUUUCCUGUUCAGGAUUUUGUUCGAUUAUCCA